AUGGAUGUUGAACUUUCCUACUUCGAAAUUCCUCUUUGCACUGAUCCGGAUGAGGGGAAAGUGGAACUAGUGCCGUGGCCCUUUCUUUUACCCAGUGUCUUGGUACGGGCGAUGAUUGAUCAGGGUUAUCUUUCACUACUCGUUGGUGACCUGGGUCAUAUGCAGGGGUAUUGGAACCAAUUGCUUCUAGACUAUCCUGGGCACCCAGCACAUGGCCAAGAAGCACAGUCCAUCCCUUUGACUUUAUAUGGUGAUGAGGGGAAUGCAUUCCGUAGCAGCUGGAUGACAUUCCACUGGCAACCUGAUCUGAGCCCCCUGCUCCAGAAUAGCGCCUGCAGCCGAUUCAUCAUCACAACUGUUCCAUCCAGCAUGUAUGUCUUUGAUGAGAACGGGAUCAACCUCACUCUGCAAGCAGCUGGCGCUGUUAUUCGUGACUCUUUCAAUGAUUUGGGGACCCGUGGGUGUCAAAUCGCUGACCGAUCUGGUGAUAUUGUCCUGGAUCUUCGGUGUUUUGUGGUGAAUUUCAAGGGUGAUUGGAAAUAUUUGUAUCAGCUCUUCUGCAUGGAACGCUAUGCCACCAAAGAAGAGGUUUGCUGGAGAUGCAGAGCCACUAAGGGUACGAAUGAUCCGAACUGGUCAUAUAGCAACAUUAGCGACACCGCCCCAUGGAGAAGAACCUUAUUUUCUGAAAGCCCAUGGAAUGAGAAUGUGGUCCCGACACUGGCAAGUCUUUUAGGAUUCAAUAUUCAGAUGCUGGGAGUUGAUUUGUUACAUAUCUUCCACUUGGGAGUGGGUCGAGACCUUUGUGGGUCUGCUAUCCGCAUCAUGGCUUCCAAGCGUGGCUACUGGAGGGGUCGCACCCAGGAACAGCGGCUCAAAACGGCCACCCAAAGGUUGAAAUCGUAUGCAAAACAACAUGGAUAUUCUCUGGCAAUGUCAAAGCUUUCGAAACAAAACCUCAACUGGAAGGCCGAUUGUUUCCCAGAGCUCAAAACGAAAGGCUUUGAUUGCUUUGUCAUAUUGAGAUGGCUGGUUUGGGAAAUUGGCAACAAAGACAUUGAAAAUGACCUUUUGUCCACCGCCCUUUGGAGUGCCGACUGCUGGCUGAAUCUACUGAACAAAUCUAGAAUGUUUCUGACAGAGUUGGAGGAAGAGAACCGAUUGACAUUGGGCAAACUGUGCACCACAAGCUAUGCAGCUUUGGCUGCCAACGCUGUACAGGGAAAACGAUUUCUGUUUCGACUCCGUCCAAAGUACCACUUGUGGCACCACCUAGCCAUAGAUGUCAGGGCAUCAAAGUUAAACUGUAACAUCCAUGCAACGUGGAUGGAUGAGGACAGUGUUAAGAGAUGGAUGAGGAUUAAACGCCAGGUGCAUCGUCGCACUGCAACUGAAAAUGUCCUCCGGCGUUUUCUGCUGGGACUCCGGGCCAAUCUUGACCGGGGGUUGGCACUGGUCCGAUCGAGCUAG